UAAUAAAAAAGAAAACUUUCCACACCCAAAAUGCUUCAUGUGAAAUGUGUUAAUUAAGAAUUUUGUACAAAGAAAUUAUUUGAUUGUAAAAUCGAUUGAAAUAUUUAUUAAUAAUAUUAAGCAUAUAAUAAUAUUAUGCUGCUUAGCAAUCAGCCGGCAAAUGCCAAGCCGCAGCCGACGUCACCGUCGCCAACAGCGCCGCAGAGUUUUAAAGUCAAGUUGCAGCAACAAAUUGCUGCAACUGCUGCUGCAGCAGCAGCAGCUGCCGCCGCGGCAACAAUUGCCAAUGGCAACAGCAGCAACAACAACAACAACAGCAGCAGCCAUCAUCAUCAUCAUCUGAAUAAUCAUCAGCAUCAUCAGCAUAAUAUUUCCUUUGCCACGGAUUUCUCAAUUGCCGCGAUUAUGGCGAGAGGCGGAAAUCCCGCCCCUUCCAACAGCCGCGAGCCAUCGGAAAGGAGUCUGAGUCCAUUAUCUGUGGAGCGCUAUUCGACGCAGGAUGCGGACGACGAUGUUGACGUUGAUGUGGUUGACUGCAGCGACAGCGAAACGCCAACGGCUGCGGCCGCAGCAGCGGCAGCGGCGGCGACGGCAGCAGCCGCAGCAGCAGCGGCGCAGCAGCAUGCGCGUCAUGCAUUGCGUGUUGCACAACACCAACAGCAACAGCAGCAACAGCAGCAGCGACAACAGACACAUGCAACAACCAACAAGCAGCGACAGCAACUGCAACACAACAACAACAAUCACAGCAAAUCGAGCAGCCAUCGAGGGCGUGCCACAUCCACACCAACGGCUGCAGCUGCCACCACUGCCACGCCCUCGCCGCCACCCGCCCGCGCAGCGCACAGCCCCAGCGAGGACGAACGCCUGUCCCCCGAGGAGCCUGCGCAGCUGCCAACGCCCAAAAUCUUGGGCACUUGCAAUUGCGAUGAUCUCUUGCCCGUGCAAUGCCAUCUGGAAACUAAGGAGCUCUGGGAUAAGUUCCACGAGCUCGGCACCGAAAUGAUCAUCACCAAAACGGGCAGGCGCAUGUUCCCCACGGUGCGUGUCUCGUUCUCGGGUCCGUUGCGACAAAUCCAGCCGCCGGAUCGCUAUGCCGUGCUGCUGGACAUAGUGCCGUUAGACUCGAGACGCUAUCGCUAUGCAUAUCACCGCAGCUCCUGGCUGGUGGCCGGCAAGGCGGAUCCACCGCCUCCAGCACGCAUUUAUGCCCAUCCCGAUAGCCCCAUCAGCCCGGAGGCAUUGCGCAAACAGGUCGUCUCCUUCGAGAAGGUGAAGCUGACAAAUAACGAAAUGGAUAAAAGCGGACAGGUCGUGCUGAACUCUAUGCAUCGAUACCAGCCACGGAUUCACUUGGUGCGGCUGAGCCAUGGCCAGAGCAUACCCGGCAAUCCCAAGGAGCUGCAGGAUAUGGAUCAUAAAACCUUCGUGUUCCCGGAGACUGUAUUCACGGCCGUGACGGCCUAUCAGAAUCAAUUGAUUACGAAAUUGAAAAUCGAUUCGAAUCCGUUCGCAAAAGGAUUUCGCGAUUCGUCGCGUCUGACUGAUUUUGAUAGAGAUCCCAUGGAUUCGUUCUUCUUCGAUCAGCAUAUGCGCGCCGCACCGCUGCGCUUCUUUCCGGAUCCGCUGAUGGCGCAAUUGACGCCCCAGGAGGCGGAUGCCGCUUCGCUGGCGCUGCUGGAGAAGGCGCGCCAGCACUUGCAAAUGUUUGGCCGUUCGCCGUAUACGGAAAUGUUGCUGCCGCAUUUGUAUCAGCGUGCCGCGCCGCCGGCACCGCCGCCGCCGCACCCGAGCGCCUCGCUGGGCGCCUUUCAGCUGGGCAUGUGGCAGCAGCAGUGGCCGCAGCUAACGGCCGGCUUUUUGGCCAGUGCCAAUCAGCAGGCGGCCUUUGCUGCAGCAGCGGCUGCAGCAGCUGGCGUCAGUCGCACACCCCCACCGCCGCCACCGGCAGCGGCUGUCAAUGCACCACCAGCGCCUGCCACGCCUACAUCAUCGUGCGGCUCAGCAUCGCCGGAUUUGCGCAUCAAGACGCAGCUCGGCCACUAUCCGCAGCGCUUCAGUCCCUAUCAAGUGCCGCAGCAUGCGCAGCCAGGCAGCUCGCCGUCGCCCUCGCUGCGCGCCGACAGUCCCUAGAGGCGCCGCCGCCACUAAUAACAAUGAAAACUACACGAAAUGUAUGUGCAAUGAUCGAACAUGUUUGUAAAUAACCCAAAAAGCAAA